AUGGCUAUCCAGGCCGUGGGUAUGGAGGCUACGGCCCAGGAUAUGGAGGGUAUGGCAGAGGAGGAUAUGGAGGCUAUGGAAGAGGAGGAUACGGAGGGUAUGGCAGAGGGUAUGGAGGAUAUGGAAGAGGAGGCUAUGGCCGAGGGUUUGGAAGAGGAAGAGGAUUCGGUUUCGGACGUCGCGGAGGAUUUGGACGAGGAUUUGGACGAUUUGGCCGAUUCGGAUAAAUGCUUUCUACAAAGUGUAAUUAAUGUAAUGUAA